AUGUUGGCCGCCCUGUCUCUUUGUGCUCUCGCUUCCCUGCCACCGCCGACGCCCUCGCCGCCGCCGCCGUCCCCGCCGCCGCCGUCGCCACCGCCACCGUCACCGCCGCCGCCAUCACCGCCGCCACCAAGCCCGGUGCCGCCGUCGCCACCGCCGCCAUCGCCACCGCCGCCCAGCCCGCCGCCACCAAGCCCGCCGCCGCCCUUGUCACCGUCGCCGUCGCCACCGCCGACAAGUCCGCCGCCAACGUCGCCGCACCCACCGCUGCCGCCCUCGCCUCCGCCGCUCCCACCGCCGCCGUCGCCGCCACCACCUUCACCGCCACCGUCGCCUCCUCCUCCGAGCCCGCCACCUUCAUCGCCACCGCCGCCGCCGCCGUCGCCUCCGCCGGGCUGUUCAGACUCGUGCCAAUUCAGCAAUGACGGUUCAUGCGACGAUGGCGAGCAAGGCUCGACCAACUCGGCUUGCGCUCCCGGCACCGACUGCACCGACUGUGGCGGGCCUGAGAACGCUUACACUCGUCUCAGCAACCCGCUUCCGCCCGCCGUCCCGUCCCCACCGGCGCCCCCACCGUUGCCACCGUCGCCACCGCCGCCACCAGCGCCACCGCCAGUUCCAUACCCACCAAAGCCGCCGCCGUUGCCGCCCCUCCUUCCGCUCUCUCCGGGCGAGGUCUUUGUGAGUGGCAACGCCGCCUUACAGCUGGCCGUCGAGGGAGGCAUGACGGACAUCUACCUGCAGCCCGGCGCGAACGUCAGGCUCAGCCAGUCUCUCGUCCUUGACGGAAUAAACGUCACCAUCCGCAGCUCAGGCAGCAUCACUGGCGCCACCAUCGACGGCACCGACGCGCUGGACAGCCUCUUUAUCCUGAGAAACGAGGCAACGCUCCAAUUGGAAGGGCUCGUCUUGGCGAAUUGCCGGGCGGAAGCUGAUGGCGGUGCGGUCCGUAUGGAAAAUUCUGACGCGAGCUUGCGUGACGUUCGCAUACAGGACUGCUACGCUGGGAAUUCCGGAGGAGCCAUUUACGCCGCCAAGGGCAGCUUGCGACUGGAGUCGGUGGAGAUAACGCGCUGCAGCACUGGGAUUGGUACAGAAGGCGAGAACGCCAAGGGCUUGGGCGGGGCCAUCAGGAUUGUCAAGGUUCCCGAGGUGGAGCUGAGCGAGGUCAACAUUACCGGCUGCAGCGCAGUCAAGGGUGGGGCUCUGCACAUUGACGGUGGGACGGACAGCGAGACCACGCUGAACCGGGUCCGUCUCGCAGACAGCACUGCCACCGAGGAAGGCGGCCUGAUUUACAUUUCGACCGGCCGUCUGGCGCUGGAGAACGGGACCCUUCUGGAGAGCGGAACGGCAAGCCAAGGGAGCUCGAUCGCAUUCGGCGGCUCGCCCGAGGUGUCCUACCGCCUGCCUUUGCCUCCCGGGUAUUGGAUCCCGCACUCGAGAUGCGAGAUCUACCGGCAGCUUCCUGCCGACUGUGACGCCGUCUGCCGGGCUUUAUUCGACAAGUGCAAGACCGAGACGGACGCGCAGAACAACGAGUGCAAACAGUUCCCCGUCGCCUUUGUUCAGCCCUGCAACUGGGAGGCGACGCCCGCGCUGCUCGGCGUAUCUCUGUACCAGGCGUGCAAGUCGUGCCCGGCUGUCGUGCCCUACACCUGCGGAGUCGACACACGCAUCGGCGCACUCUACGUGCCGGGCAGAGGCUCGCUCAACGUGUCGAGCGGCUGGUGGCGCGCCUCGAACGAGUCGUCAACGCUGUUUGCGUGCAAGGUGAUGGGCGACGAGUGGAGCCCGUGCCGCGGCGGCGUCGACUCGUCGGAGGAUGGCAACGCGCUCUGCCACCCCUUCUACGAGGGCCCAAAGUGCGAGGUCUGCACCAACACGACCGACAACGGCAUCCGCUACUUCCUCAACUCGAAGGCGCGCUGCCAGCCGUGCGACCGGCCGGCGGAGUCGGUGAUGCUGCUCGUCGGUCUGCUCUGUGCGGCGGGCGCUCUCGGCCUCGGCACUCUCAAGGUGAUCCGCAGCUCGUGGGCCCCUUCGGGCAAGGUGGCGCGUGCGCUCGUUCUUCUCGGGCGGCGCAUAGCGCUGCUGUGGAAGCGGGCGGGGAUGCUAUGCAAGACAAAGCAGCUGAUCAACCUCUUUCAAGUAGUCGCAGUCGUGCCGGCCGUGUACGAGCUUGAUGAGGUGCCGCCGCAGCUGAGCGAGUGGGCCAUGAACCUCUUCAACGCCGUCAAUAUCUUCGACCUCGAUCUUUUCCUACCGCCCGCGUGCUAUGGCUCCUACCUCAAACGCCUGAUUGCCUGGGGUUUUCUGCCCUUUGCGCCCAUCCUCCUCGCGACCCUCGGCAGCUGCGCCUGGGAGCUCGUUGCUCAGGCUCGCCACAGCGCAGCUGCGAGCAGUGCAAAUUCGACCCGUGCUGCGCUUUGGCGCGGCUUUUUGCGUGUGCUGCCGCUCAUCUUGAUUCUACAAUUCUUGCUAGUCACCUCCACCAGCACGCACAUCCUCCGCACCUUCAACUGCAUCGAGUUUCCGACACGGGACGCGGUCCUCCCGGGGAUGCAGGAGCCGUACCGCGCCUACCUCGCCGACGACCUCUCCCUCGACUGCAGCACGCCAGAGUACGCCACGGCGCAGCGGUGGGCGUACGUGCUGCUCUUCGUGUGGCCCAUCGGCGCGCCUCUGUUGUACCUCGGCUUGCUACUCGCCUCACGGCGCGACAUCAUGACGCGCCAGUCGACACCUCUCUUGCGUGCGACCGACUUUCUCUGGAGGGACUACGAGGACAGCGCCUUCUACUGGGAGCCGCUCGACCUCGUCCGCAAGCUGACGCUGACCGGCUUCGUGCUCAUCAAUACACAGGGCUCGAAGCAGCUCCGCGUCAUCAUCGCGCUGCUCGUCUCGAUGCUCUUCCUCACCCUGCAGUACGUCCUCUCGCCGUACAAGCGCACGCUCGACGGACGGCUCGCCAUGUUCGCCAAUAUCGGCCUCGUCCUCGUCUACCUCGCCACGCUGACCCUCAACUCGUGCUCCAUGGGGACGUGCGGCGAGUUUGGGCUCGACCAGUUCGAGCUCGCGACAAUCUUCCUCUCCUUCACCACCGCCCUCCUCGGAAUUGGGCUCAUCCUCGUUCUGUGGCUCUACACAGCGGCAAGCCGCGCACCCACCUUCCGACUCGUUAGCAGCGGGCGCGAGCCGCUGCGAGACGGAGGGACGCUCACGGAAGGCAUGCGGUGGCACCUAUUUCUGAGCCACAUCUGGUCGACGGGGCAAGACGCGGCCGCGGUGAUCAAGAACCAGUUGCGGUUGCUUCUGCCUGGUGUCGAAGUCUUCCUCGACGUGGACGACCUUGAGAGCAUCGCCGCUCUGGAGGAGUACAUCUCGAGCUCUCGUGUCGUGCUUCUGUUCCUAUCACGGGGCUACCUUCGCUCGCUGAAUUGCCAGCGCGAGGUGCGCGCUGCUUUAGCUAACAACAAGCCCAUUGUGCUCGUUCAGGAGGUGGAUCCGGAGAAGGGAGGCGGUGCACUGGCCGAGCUCCGCGCGGAGUGCCCCGCCGAGCUGCAGAAUGGAGUCUUCGACAAUCGUCAGCCAAUCCCUUGGCAUCGGAUUCGUGAGUUCCAGCUCGUCUCCCUAAAGCUGAUUGCCGAAGCGACGCUACUGCAGACGCCAAGAUACUUCGGGAAGAGCAACCUGCCGCUUUACCUCCCUGGUGAGCUCCGUAGUGAGGGCCUCAGCUUCACACAGCCACUCAUUCUUUGGACAUCGACCGCAAACCGCGGCGCGCGAGCUCUAGCCGAGGAGCUACGCGUUGCGUUCCCCCGCAUCGUCCUCACCGAAGUUCCACCUCCAGGGCUUCUCGAUAAGCAAGAAAGCCAGGCGACCAAUGCGCUUCAAUGGCUCAGCCGUCGAGUGAGUAGUAGCAGCAUCAAUCGAGACGGCUCCAACGGAGAAGCUACCCACAUGCUGCUCUACCUCAACUCGUCAACCUGGUCUGACGAGCUGCUAGCGAAGCAAGUCACAGCGGCGCGCGCGGCCAGACUGCCCAUCAUCAUGGCUCAUGAGAGGGACCCAGCACGAGGCGGGUGCCUCUUUGCGCGCAUGUUCGAAGUUACGCCUCAGCAGCUGAUCGUCGACGGCCUCUACAAGAACCUCGCGCGCUCGUGCUUUCCCGAUCCGCACCGAAAGGCGCGGGGUACUCGAGUUCUCUUCUCAGCACCCAAGUCUCUAUCAUGA